GUUGUAGCUGAAGCAGCAAGUGGGGCUCAACCUUUUGUUGGUUUUUUUUUUAAUAUAUUUAUUUGCUCUUGCUUAUUGGUAAUUCCUACAGAGAAACAGAUUAUCCUUGAACAAUUCUUUUGAUCUGUGAGCAUCCAAUAUGGCUUCAUCGGCUUCCCAAGCAAUAGCUAUCGUUAUUAUGGGGGUCAGUGGAGCUGGAAAAUCAACAAUAGGUGAGAUGCUGGCAAAAGAGACAAAGUUUAGCUUCAUUGAUGCAGAUGAUUUCCAUCCAAAAUCAAACAAAGAAAAGAUGCAGAAUGGGAUCCCUCUUUCGGAAGAAGACCGGAUUCCCUGGCUCGAAACUCUUCGAGACGCCUUGGGAGAAAGUUUAGUAAACAGGAGAAGUGUGAUCGUGGGGUGUUCAGCUCUACAGAAGAGAUACAGAGAAAUUCUUAGAUGUGCUGAUCCAAACUAUGAACCGGCGAGCUAUGUGAGUGUGGUGAAGUUUGUGCUGUUGGAUGCUGAGGCCGACGUGCUUGCCGCUCGGUUAGAGAAGAGAGCUGCAGAAGGCAAGCAUUUCAUGCCGUCUUCGCUUCUGAGAUCGCAGUUAGAGUUGCUUCGGAUUGAUGAUUCCGAAGAGAUAUUGAAGGUAGAUGCCACUCUAAGUCCUCAAGUUAUAGUAGAAACCAUACAAGCAUUGAUAAUUAAGACAGAAAGUCCCUCAGACCUAAAGCAAUAACUGUAAGCAACCUCUUUAAUUUUUACUAUAGAGUUUUCUUUGCUGCCGGAGAUGAGAUUUUUUGAGUCAAUGUUCACCAAGGAUGACAUUGCUUGAGUAAAUAAAAACAUUAUCUUUGGAUUCAAUUAAAUGACAUCCUCAUUCCCAAAUU